GGGACUCGGUCCGCGCAAGGACGGUUCAUCGUUCGAAAACUGGUCUCAGAAUCGGAGCGUGACAUUUUCCGAAUACUGUUCUCCGUGUCCACACGAUUCGCUGACCGACCAUCCUGCUGGGCGAGAGAUCUUCAUGGAGGCGAUCCCGGACGUCAAAAUCGAUGAUGGACGCUUCAAGUAUGUGUUAAUCCGAGUGCACGACAAGAAUUCCGACGAUUCGAAACUCAUAGUGAGAGGGUCGGCAAAGUGCUCGUACCACAUGGACAUUUACGAGCUCGCUCAGAAAGAAAUCGAGAGGGAUGACAGAUUCGACCUCGAACCUCAGGGAGGAGGAAGAAUCCUGCACAACGCUAAGGAGAAACGCAUCGAAGUUUUCGGCUAUUCGGUCGAUCUUGGACAAGCGAAACAUACCGAUACGUGUGAUAUUCUGAAGAAGCAUUUCGCUGAGUAUCCGCCCGAUAACAUCAUUUGGACGAACGAAGGUUACUAAUCGAAGACAUCGACUCGUUCCGCCAUCAGUCUGAAUGAGUCUAUCGAUCGCUGUUCAUAGGCAUGCAACGAGCUUGACAAAAUCGAUGUAGGUAAACUGGUAUCUCCUGUGUGACCAAUAAAUGCAUUGU